AACCGUCUAGGCAUCUGGGAACCUAGGAGGUCAAAUCGUUUCUCGGUAGCGGAUCUCUUCCAACCGAAAAAAGACACCAAGAAAGAAAAUCAACCUAACUACCAACGUGUUCUCAUCCGCGGACAAGCCGGGAUGGGCAAGAGCACUCUCUGUAAGAAGAUAGUUUAUGACUAUAUUUACCAUAAUAUGUGGUCAACAAUCAUUAACCGUAUCAUUUGGCUACGUCUACGUCAACUCAAGGGUCAAAACAUGCAGAAGUAUAACUUGAACCGGUCAUUAUACGAGCGUUAUUUCGAUGAUGGCUCCCAGGAGGGUAGACUGCUUGCUAGGGCAUUAUAUUCCGAAGUUAUCAAGGAGGAAAGUACAACGCUCUUUAUUCUUGAUGGACUAGACGGAGUAUUGGGGGAAAUAUCUUCGGGCGAGUCCGAAUUACUCCUAACCCUCUUGCGUGCGCCUCGAGUGAUUAUUACAACGCGGCCUUAUGCGGCUGACCGAGCUAUACUUAAAAAUAUCGAUCGGGAAGUUGAGACAAUCGGAUUCUAUACAGAUCAAGUAGAUCAGUAUAUUAAAACCGUGGCGCCGGGGAGUAUAGAUGAAAUCAAAGCUUUUCUAAGUACCCGUCCGAGAAUCGAAGAAUUGGCAAGAAUCCCCAUCCAGCUCGAUGCUUUUUGUUACAGUUUCGAAAAGGGGAUUUUUGACGAAUUCGAUAGUCCACAGACCAUGACUGAGCUCUACAAUACCAUCGAGAAGAUGAUGUGGAAGAAGGAUGUGGUUCAGUUGGAAAAGAAUCGCCAAGGCCGACCGGGGGCAAUUUCUAAGAAUGUGGCCAUGAGAUUGAACUUCAAAGAGAUUAGAGGUUUAGUCCAAGCAGAAGUAAACGUGCUACAGGCCCUUGCAUUUGACGGAUUCAACAAUAAUACGGAAGAAUUUGACUCAAAAUAUAUGGACAAGUUCUGGGACAGAGAAGAUAUCCUGACUGAACAUCUCGCCAAAGCGACGUACUCAAUGUCACCAAAAGAUUUGGACGAAUUAUCAUUACUUCGCACUUCAGACGGCGGCAGCGCAGCUAGGAAUAGCAGCUAUCACUUCCUCCACUUAACACUUCAAGAAUAUUUUGCGGCGCAGUACUUUGUGCAACAUUGGCCGGACAAGCAGCUACCGCAGUUGGGAGUGAGCAACGACGAAUUUCUUCGCAGAGAAAAAUACAACCCGCGUUUCAACACCAUGUGGCGCUUUGUUACUGGCCUACUUCAUGCCAAGGGGGACGCGAGAAAGUUCUUUGAGAUAAUCGAGACAGAGCCAUAUGACCUUCUCGGAUCCGCACAUCGACGUCUUGUGGUGUAUUGUCUGGACAAAGUUGUGAAACUACAAAACGCGGCGGAUUUCGAGCUUCGAAAGAAUUUAGAAGAUUACUCAAAGCAGUGGCUAUCAUUCGAACUGAGAUUGGGGAAAAGGAACGGUGACUAUUGGAAAUUCGAGUUCGAAUAUCCAGAAAACAUAUUGCAACAAUGCUUGUCGGAGACGGAUGAUGAGUUAUUCCAAUGCAUUAUUCUAUGGAAGCUGGAGAUGCGCCCCAUACUCUCACUAGAUACAGUUGACCAAGUUGUCAAGUGUUGUGAAAGCAGCGACCGGGAAGUGAAAAUUGAGGCUCUCAAGGUGCUCUCAUCUCACAGGGAUGUGAUACCAAGUAACUGCUUUCAUACGAUAACAAACCUAGUAGGGGAUUCCGACAGAGAUAUCCGAUUGCACGCAGGCUUAGUAUUAUAUGCACCAUCAAACUUGCCAGAUGUCAUUUUCUCGGAGCUAAUCGCACUGGCAAAACAAGGAGAUGAGGACAUACGGACCACCGUAUUCGACGUCUUGACAUCCUUUUCGACCCUACCAGAGAAGACUCUCCUAGAGGUGGUAGCAAUAGUACCAGAUCUACGUAACGAUGGUAAUAUAGGAUAUAUAAUGAGUAUAUUAGGAAACCAACUUGACCUACCAGAAGAAAUCACACUAAAAAUGCUGGACUCAAUCCAACAAAGGUGCCGAUUGAAAAAACCACUGAAAACACCGUGGGGGGAUCUAACCUGGGUUCGACCGUGGAUAGCAUCUAAACAAUCGGGCCGCAUUGCGCCUAAAAUUGUAGAGAAGCUACUGAAUAUGUUGAAGGACCCAAAUAGUAACCUCCGCAAAGCUGUUGCAUAUGCUUUUCACGGUUACAAACUGAAGGACGAUCCAGAGAUCCUUCCCAAAAUCAUGGAUCUAUUCCAGGAGCCGAGCCUGUCUGAUGGUGCAGGACAUGUUUUAUAUCGAGAUCGAGAUCUACCAGAAAACAUCCUCCACCAAAUUGUAGAUUGUUUAGAAAAUUAUGACACAGAUAUCCAAUCCACCGCAGCGGAUAUCUUGAGAUCACAAGUCGACAAACUCCCAACAGCUAUUAUUGAAAGGAUAGGCAGUUCACUCAAUAAUCAGAGGAAUAGACAUAAUGCGACAAAAGCCUUACUUGGGCGGCACUCUCUACCAGAACAAAUCUCGCAAACAGUAUUCGACCAAUUCAAAGAUCAAAGGACACGCGUUAAAGAGCAGGAAUACGUCCUACGGAUUCACUGGACUCGCUCAACCCUACCAGAGAGUAUUCUUCAGGAACUCCUAGCUUUGUUACAAGUCGAAGACGAAAAGCUACGUUCCAUGGCGCAGGGGGUGUUUUUGACCUGGUCACCGGUCUCGAAAAUUGCUAUUAGAAAAAUAGCAAUCCUAUUGGACGAUAAAAAUAUAAACGUCCAGUAUACCGCAACUAGGAUUUUAUAUCGCCAACCAUCCUUACCUAGGGAAGUCCUUCGUAAGAUGAUUUCGAUAUGGCAUUAUAGCGAAUUAGAUAUUGGGGAUAUUAUUACUGGGAUGAACGAUGAACUGAUGCCACAGUUCGUCAUGAUGCCUGAGUUCCUUUUAGAUAUUACAAUACGACUAAUGAACCACCCUAGUCGCCACAUUCGACUUGAUAUAGCAAUACACCUGAGCAAGAUAAAAGAUUUACCGGAAGGUGUUCUUAAGGAGGCCGUACAUUUGUUGGGGGUUGAGAACGAGGAAAUGUUAAACAAUGAAAGCAAAUUGAUAUUUGGUCGAACGCCGGGCUCAUCGGACGAUAUUCUUAAAGAAGCGGUACAUUUAUUGAACCAUCCAAAUGAAUAUAUCCGUGAUAGCGUGGCUUCAAUUUUUGCUUCCCGGAAGGCCAUUAUGUCAGAGGAGGUUCUACACAGUCUGGCGCCCCAGUUGAAGGGCUACAAUAGCGGUGUGCUCGAAAGCCUAAUACGUCAUCUAGGAUCACAGCCGAUAUUGCCAGAAAUGAUGCUUCAAGAUCUCGUUACUAUGCUAAGCCAUCCAGAAGAGCGCACCAGAAAUGUCGCAGCAGAAAUUCUCACCGACAGCCUAGAUCAAUCGGAUCUAACAUUCAAUUCAUUAUUUGACCUUCUGGAUGAGGAAUCGUUUGUUUCGUUAUUUAAAUUCUGGAUGGAAUACAGCCUUCAGACGCAAAUUACGCGGUGUGUCGAUGGAAAGAGUUCUGUAAUAGACUUGCUGGAAAACGACAGGAGAAUCCCUCUAGACAAGUUCAAGAAUGCGGUCCGUAAAGCGCGAGAAUCCUUAGGUGUCCCCUACAAGGACUUUGGUCAAGUGCUCUAAAGCCUUCGUUUAUAUUGUCUUCUACUUCUAUCGAGCCUCAAAAGCUGCACAUAAUAUCUAGGAGCUAAUCAUCCCUAGCAUUUUUUUUUCUUCUUGGAAAGGGGUAUGGUGACUUCCACUGCUUAUUUCCUCGGCAUUGAGUUAGUUUAAUCGCAUAAUUACUACGGGUUCUUACUACAUUGCGAGAAGUUGCUAACUUUGUGAAUUCCCCUCGAAGACUUAUUUUAUUUUAAUAGAUUUAGAAUUGCGACAAACAGAAGAUAGUUCGUAAAUGUCAGGAGGUAGAACUAGAAAGC